AUGUCCCUGGAUUCUGCUCAACUGGACGAAUACCUCGCCUUUGCGAUCGAUCUCGGCAAAAAGGCCGGAGAGAUGAUCAAGGAUGGUCAAGCUAAACGUUUCGCCAACAAGUCUUCCCUGGACACCAAGCAAAACUCCAUUGAUCUUGUGACCGAAGUCGACCAGGCCGUCGAAGCCUUCAUCAGCAACGCUAUCAAGGAGAAAUACCCCUCGCACAAGUUUAUCGGAGAGGAGACUUAUGCCGAGACCCACGAGAUGGAGUUGACCGACGAAUGGACCUGGAUCAACGACCCUAUCGACGGCAACUUUGUCCACUCGAACCCGCUGGUCGGUUGUUCAAUCGGACUGGUCUACAAGAAACAACCCGUCGUAGGAGUCAUCAACAUGCCCUUCCUGAACCAGCUCUAUUCGGCUAAGAAGGGCGGUGGAGCCUGGAUGAACGAGACCGCUCGUCUACCCCUCACCGGGACUGCUCAACCGCUAACAGAAUUGAAGGCCGCUAUGAUCGCUUCUGAGUGGGGCUCUGAUCGACGGGAAGAGACCAUCAAACCCAAGGCGAACUCGUUCUCCAAGUUGGCUUCCCAGGAAGGCGUCAUGGCUCACGCUAUCAGGGUCACGGGUGCAACCACGGUCACCCUCGUUCAGGUCGCUGCUGGUCAGCUUGAUUUAUACUGGGAUGCUGGUCCAUACGCUUGGGACGUUGCUGCUGGAAUGGUCAUCGUAACAGAAGCCGGUGGAUUUUUCACCGGCGGUAAAGCGUCUUUCGAUCGAGGAACGGAUGAUCUCGGGAAGAUCAUGAUGAGCCGGAGGUACUGUUGUAUCAGGGGCGUUCCUGCUACGGACAGCGAGAGCUCGGAACAGAUUCAGAAGCGGAUCGUCAAGGACCUCUACAACGUGGUUGAAGAGUGGACCAACGAUACCAUGGAAGCUGAAAACCUCUGA